AUGGCGGCAGAGUCGAACUCCAAAAGACGACGAAUAGUAGCAGAAGAAGACAGAAUCAGCAGUCUACCAGACUGUGUGCUCAGCCAUAUCCUUUCUUUUCUCCCCACCAAAACCUCCGUUGCAACAAGCAUUCUGUCGAACAGAUGGCGCCACGUUUGGAAGCAUGUUUCCGUUCUUGAUUUCUCCAACGACUUCAGGGACGAAGCCUUAUUCGAAAAGGCAAUGAGAAACAACAAACUAGUCGAGCACUUCCAAAACUUUUCUGUUUUUGUAAACAGGGUGUUCUCUCUUCGUAUGCCUUACCCAAUUGAAAAGAUGAGUCUCUCAUGUGUUAAAUCUCUUUACAACAUCAAAUCAUGCACCAGUUCAAUCGACACAUGGGUUCGCUCUGUCAUUGGACCACACCUCAAGGAAUUCAGCCUCGAAAUCGAUCCCAUUCAGAAAUAUCAAUUUGAACCUCCAAUCACCCUCUUCACUUGUACUAAUCUCGUUUCCCUCAGUCUCAUUGGGGGAACAGGAAUGUUCUCGUCAAUAUAUAUUGACCCACGGUUUGCUGAGGAAAUUCGUUUACCAUCACUUAAUUACUUGAAACUCCACAUGAGAGAUGUGGAUAUUCAUACAAUGAAUGGCUUCCUCGUUGGCUGUCCUAUCCUAGAAACUCUAGAUACUCGUCUUUUUGGUUUUAACUAUAAGAAACUCCGUGUGCCAUCUACGUUAAAGAGGUUGAAAAUCAGCAGUGUUGGUUAUGGUUGUUAUUGUCUAGAAAUGGAUUUGUAUUCGCUUGGUUUUGACGAUCUUAACACAUUCAGUGAUGUUGGCAACUUGCAAAACGUGGUGAAAGCGUCUCUUGAUGUUUUUCGUUGUUCUGAUGGUUGUUAUCUAACUAACAAAUUAGUCAGCUUCUUCAAUGUUCUCUCUGGAAUAAAACAUCUAUCUUUGAGUAUUUCAACAAUAGAGCUCAUUCUUCCGUGGUUCAACCAAAACUCUCUAUUGAGCCUACUUCAUGCUUGUCCUAUGCUUCAAGUUCUUAUAACUCAAAACGAUAAGAAAGAAUCAACCUCACCAGAAUGGACUACACAAUCAACUGUUCCAAAUUGUAUUUUAUCACAUCUGACCUAUAUCCAAUUUAAAGGCUAUGAAGGAUGUCCAGAUGAGCUGUUAUUUGCAGAGUAUAUUUUGCAGAAUGGACUUGUUUUGAAGAAAAUGAGUAUUGCUGAUAUUUCUGUAGACAUUUUGAAGUACUACAUCCUCAGAAGAUUAUCUAAUGUUCCAAGGGCCUCUAGACUGUGUCAACUUACAUUUGAUUGAGCUGUAUCACCAUAAGGUGUAAAAAUAAAAUAAAAACCUACUCUAUGACAG